ACAUGACGUCGCUUUGCUCAUGACGUACUAGUGCACUGCUCGUGCGUAGGUCAGGGUGUCAGACUCAGGGUGGGACCGAUGGAAGGACCGUACCUGGGUCCGCCAUCCCAAACAUCAACAAUAAUGCGAGCUUCCCUUGACCAGCUGCCCCAAGAACUCCUAUUCCAGAUCCUGGAUCAGCUCGACAAGCACCAUCAUGCAUCCCUGGCAUUGACUUGCAAAAGGCUCUGCAUCGCCGCAGCCUCUUACCUGUUUUCCACCGUCCACAUCUAUCCUUUGGAGCAUCGUUUGGCCACCGGCACUGAGCUUAUUUGCUCGAAUCCACGGCUUGCAUGUCUUGUUCAGCACGCUUACCUUUACACACCUGAAGGGUGGCGGGAUGAGUAUGUCCAAGCAAAGCGGGGAAUGACCGAAGAUUUACUCGGGUUUGAAGAUUUUGAGCGCCCACUUGACCUCAUUUCCAAGCUCCCAAAACUCACACGCGCAACGCUGUGUUUCUCUAAAGUUUGCACGAAGCCAUAUACCAUAAAGCAUGUUCCAUUCAACGAGUCUUAUCGUUCACGAAGAGAUAACCUUGAAGCGCUCUUCGCGGCCCUUGCCAAUUCCGACUCGCCUUGCACUAUAACAAAUCUUUACAUAAGAAACCUUCAAAACAUCAAUCACUCCGGGUUGACGCGGUCGGAGACUUUCCCUUCUGUCCUGCAAAAACUCGUGUCUUUCCGCCUCUCGAUAGUCAACCGAUAUGCGGAUUCUCGAUGGGGAGGUCAACUUCUUCAGCCUGAAGCUCACACUUUCAUGGAUGAAUUUCCCCGUAUCUGGCUUCAGCCGUUGGCAACUACGAAGAACUUAUCCCGCCUGUUCCUAUAUUCAGACGCAUAUUUCGGCUUCUGCCCGAAGUUAGAGUUACGCGGGAUUCAUUUUCCUAACAUUCAGACACUAGCGCUGGGUGGUUUUACUUUCAGCCAUGAUUGGCAACUGGACUGGCUUGUGUCCCACAAAGCAACACUGAAAAAUCUAUACCUAGAUAAUUGUGCACUCAUCUACCAGGCCAUAAUAUACAGCACAGUAGACGCCGAAGGCUACUUCAAAGACAUCGUCAGGCCUGAUUUCGCAGCCGCGCCGCGCGAUUCUUGGAGAAAUUAUCCACGCAGAUGGUGGUGGUGCUUCGACCGCUUCCGCACAGAACUGCACUUGCGUAAUUUCUGUAUCGGGUACGGACCAUGGCAGCAAAGAGGCCGGGACCCUGUCGAAGAGGUUGAAAACAUGGAAAUCUCUCUAGUUCCAAACCGGUACGUUUGCUUUGACGAAGGCAUUGAGCCUUACCAAUACACGGACAAGCCAGUGAGCGUCCUCAAAAGAGAUGAUGGUCGUCCGGUUUCUUGGGAGCCCCCGCAAUGCGAUCGAGAGGACAAAGAUGCGUUAUUGCGGCUACUAAAAGCAAUUGGCCAGUCUGUGCCGCGGGGCUCGGACAUAGUGCAGAAAGAAUACAGGUUGCAAGACGGGUUUGUCAUUUGGGACGGUACAUGACUUGUUAAACCGACAUGCGUAUUACUUUGAGACACAUGGGUCUAUGGAUCCUGGUCAAAAUAUUCGAUCUGCCCGG